AUGAGCUGGUCAGUCAUCUUCUACGUCUGGUCUGGUGCGACAUGUUUGUUGUUCCUCGGCGUGCUGGGUGUUCUGAUCCACGAUGUCAUUCUAUGGAAGCGCAUGCCGCCCGGGCCUCAGCCUUUGCCGUUCAUUGGCAACAAAUUGGACGUUCCAGCCAAGUAUCCCUGGGUCCAGUUCCAGGAAUGGUCGAGGAAGUACGGGCCAAUUUACACCCUGUGGUUCGGUCGGCGACCGACCGUGAUCAUUUCUGAUCCCAAUGUGGCGGUCGACUUGCUGGAGAAACGCUCUCACAAGUACAGUUCGCGCCCUCGUUUCGUUGCCAUGGGAGAGAUCUUCUGGGACAUGAGCAGUAUCCUCGUACAGCCUUAUGGCAAGGACUGGUCCGUUCGCCGGAAAGCUCUGCACAGUGUGCUCACCCAGAAAGCGCUGCAGCAUUAUAAGCCCGUCCAGGAGGCUGAAGCCACACGUCUCUGCCACCAACUUCUUGAGCACCCAGAAGACUUGGACAAUCUUCUAAACCGCUUCACGGCGUCGAUCGUAUUCACCAUCGCCUACGGACACCGCAUCGACAGCAUGCAAUCGCCCAUCAUCCGUCAGCGGAUGAAGAUCAUGCACUGGAACGCUGCCAUCAACGUGCCGGGGCGGUAUCUUGUCGAGUCAUUCCCCAUCCUCAAGCACGUUCCGGACGCUUUGGCGCCGUGGAAGCGGGAGAUCAAAUCCUGGGGCAUGGAAGAACAGCAAGCCAAUGCCCAGUUACUCGACUACGUCCGCGAGGACAUUGAAAACGCAAAGAAACCUGGUGCUCCUCCGCUUCCCAACAGUCUGGCCAAGCAGCUCCUGGAGAACCGCGCCGCAGACCCUUCUGCAUUUGCUCUGCUUCGUGAGAGGGACUUUGCGAGCUUGCCCGCGUCAGUAUUCGGCGCCGGCGCCGACACCACCGCGUCCACUCUUUCCUCGGCGAUUCUCGCCAUCAUCACCAACCAAGAAGUCCUCGCGGCUGCGCACGCCGAGCUCGACGCGGUGAUCGGCCAAGACCGCCUGCCAAGCUACACGGACGAACCCUCCCUGCCCUACAUCAGGGCGAUCUGCAAGGAAGCCCUUCGCUGGCGCCCCGUGGCCGUGCUGGGCGGCACGCCGCACGCGAGCACCGAGGCGGACACUUACAACGGCUAUUACAUCCCCAAGGGCACCAACAUUCUGGGGAACAGCUGGGCCAUCAACCUCAACGAGCAAUACUACCCGAACCCGGACCACUUCAAUCCGCUGCGGUUUCUGGACGUCGAUGACCCGGCGUCGCUGGGGUACCUGCCCAAGGAGUACCUCGCGGCCACGCCCCUGGAGCGCGGCAAACCCCAUCCCUCCAAGCUGGGCCACUCGUCGUUCGGCUGGGGCCGCCGCAUCUGCCCCGGCGCCGACCUGGCGUCGAACAACCUGUACAUCGCCAUGGCGCGCGUGCUGUGGUGCUUCGACAUCCGCCCGACCAAGGGUUAUGUCUACGACACGUACGACUACACCGACGGCUUCAACAUCCGCCCCAACGGCUACAAGUGCGACAUCACCAUCCGCAGCGAACGCCACAGGCAAGUUCUGGAGAAGGACUACCAGGAGGCCAAGGACUAUCUGGUCACGAAUUUCCCCCUGUUCAAGGAGCACGAGAUUGUGGUGUGA